UCGAAUCAGUUCAGUUUUCUGUGCAAACGCAUCGUUGACAGAAUGAAAAGUGUUACAGUGAUAGCUAUAGCAUUUUGCAUGGCCGCUGUGGCUCUGGAAUCAGUACGAGCUGUUCCAACAUUGCAACGUGGUUUUGAUGGUGGUGUUUUUUACAUUGAAAUAGAUCAGAAUUACAAUUGGUUUGAGGCAGCACACGAAUGCGCUCGAAAGGGACUGCAACUUCUUGAAAUACCCGACGGUAACAAGAAUGCCGUUGUAGUCGAUGCACUGAAGUCAUACGUUGGAAACCCCAGGGAUUUUUGGUUAGGAGCUAAUGAUGAAUAUAACAGAGUCAAGGACCCAAAUCGUCCAUUCUACUGGUCAUCGAAGGGUGGUCGUGUUAACUACUCUAAUUUUGCUAAAGGAGAACCAAAAAAUAUGAACAGUAAUGAACAUUGCUUGCACCUUUUGGCUAAUGCAGCUGGGUUCCAAUGGAACGACAAGGACUGUGCUGCUAAACAUGGAUUUAUUUGCGAAGCAAAGGCAUAAAUUGGAAUUUGCUCUCACAAUUGCUUGCAAAAAUUUCAAAGUAAAUAAAAUAUAAGAGAAGUAUUAUUGAAAUAAUUAAAAAACAUUGUAAUUCUGCAUUCAAAAAAA